CCGCCGAACCGGGUGGGGAUUUAACUUUCUCUCCCCAUAACGUCUGGACUGAACCAACAGAAAGUCGCUGUAGCCACCGAUAAACUGCUAUUUAUUAUAUAUCGGUAAGAAUGGAUACAUCUUUGGGAAUAUGCGAGGAGGAAUGCUUGGCAACUGUGAGAGGUCAGGAGCUGAGGUCUGGCCAGAAGGAGCCCAGACUACUGUCACUAAUUGAGCGCAGUGGAGAGUUUAUAUUGGGUGUUUUGGCCACCCCUGAAGCUGUUGUGUCUCGUCCAGUUGCUCAGCUGUCUAUACCUAUCAAUGGUAAUUUUGAAAUUGUAAGAGAAGCUGAAGAAGCUCUUCUUAUUGACUUUUCAGUAGAUUCCUUUGUUAGGAUACGAAUUAAAGGUGAAAAAGCUCCGGAGCUGCUGUUGGAACUACAGGAUGAUGAUCGGACUCAGACUUUCUUUGCCCAGGUGAAGAGUGCUCAGCAACAAGUUGAAUCCAGACCCAAAAAACUCAAAGCGAUGGAGCCCCUUGCCCCAACGACCCCAAGGGUUCCAGUCCCCGUCCCACCACAAAGAGCAAACAAGACUGCUAACUCUGUGGGCUCUGGAGGGAACCCAUCCAAAUCUGCCACUGCACCGCCUCCUAACCUCAACAGCACUUCAACAAAUCAGACUAAGACAGAUCCAGCUCAGUCGCUUGCCUCAGACUUUGGUUUUGAAGACAACUUCAACCAUGCUCUCAAAGUGGAGGAAAAGAAGAACCACCAGAAUCGCAUGGUUGCCUCUAGGGAGCCUCCUCCUGUUCCCCCGCUACCUCCUCGAAAAGCCUCUUACACUCCACCCAAUCCUCUGCCUCCUGCACCUGUCCCUAAAGAGAGAGCUGUCUCCGCACAGGCAAAAGAAAACUCCUUCAUCACCAACACCAAACCAGAUAGUUUUAGGUCAGGGUUUGACCGUGUGGACAGGCCGCCAUCCUGGUGUGAGAGCCCCACCACCAACAGCAUGAGACAGGCCAUGUUCUCCAGCCAGGCAGGACAAAGAGAAUAUCUCAUCAAACACCGCCUGGGGAAGAAAGAGAACGAGUAUGUGGACAUCCAGACUUUCAGGUUUUUCACAGGUACAUGGAAUGUAAACGGCCAGUCCCCAGACAGCAGUCUGGAGCCAUGGCUCUGCUGUGACACAGAACCUCCUGAUAUUUAUGCUCUGGGUUUUCAAGAACUGGACCUGAGCACUGAAGCUUUCUUCUACAUGGACUCAUCCAAGGAGCAGUUGUGGGUGGAAGCUGUGGAGAAAAGUUUGCACCCAAAAGCCAAGUACAAGAGGGUUCGGAUCAUACGACUAGUUGGGAUGAUGCUUGUGGUCUUUGUCAAAAAGAACCACAAGAAUCACAUUAAAGAAGUGGCUGCAGAGCAUGUGGGGACGGGAAUCAUGGGAAAAAUGGGGAACAAAGGAGGCGUGGCAGUGAGGUUUGUUUUCCACAACACUAGUUUCUGCAUCGUAAACUCACAUCUGGCAGCACACGUGGAAGACUUUGAGCGCCGCAACCAGGACUAUAAAGACAUAUGUGCCCGCAUGACCUUCCACUUACUGGAAUACCCUCCUCUCAGUAUCGUUAAACAUGAUGUAGUAAUCUGGCUUGGGGACUUAAAUUAUCGUCUGUUUAAGUACGAUGCUUCUGAAGUCAAACAGUUUAUUGCUCAGAAUGAGCUGAAGAAGCUUCAGGAAGUUGAUCAGCUGAACAUUCAGAGACAGACAAAGAGAGCCUUCACAGACUUCAUGGAGGGAGAGAUUAACUUCAUUCCCACGUACAAGUACGACCCCAAAACAGAUCGAUGGGACUCGAGUGGGAAGUGCCGUGUACCGGCUUGGUGUGACAGAAUCCUUUGGAGGGGCACCAAUGUCAAGCAGCUCAGAUACCGAAGUCACAUGGAGCUGCAAACGAGUGACCACAAGCCUGUCAGCUCCCUAUUCAGUAUAGGAGUGAAGGUGGUAAAUGAGCUACGACACAAAAAGGUGUUUGAGGAGAUUGUUCGAGCAAUGGACAGAAUGGAGAAUGACUUCCUUCCAUCUGUAUCUUUGAGCAGGAGAGAGUUUACAUUUGAGAAUGUCAAAUUCCGGCAGCUUCAGAAGGAGCGCUUCCUAAUAACAAAUGACGGGCAGGUCCCUUGUCACUUUGCCUUCAUCCCCAAACUCAAUGACUCGCAAUAUUGCAAGCCGUGGCUACGCGCUGAGCCAAGCGACGGAUUCUUAGAGCCCACUGAGACCCUGGAGAUCUUUCUGGAGGCGUAUGUCAGUAAGGACUCGGUCACGCUGCUGAACUCCGGAGAGGACGCCAUAGAGGACAUUCUGGUGCUCCAUCUGGACCGUGGCAAGGACUACUUCAUUACCAUCUCUGGCAACUACCUGCCAAGCUGCUUUGGCACCUCGCUGGAGACUCUGUGUCGCAUGAAGAAGCCCAUCAGAGAGAUCCCCAUCACCAAACUCAUUGACCUGGGAGAGGACAGCUUCAUGGAAAAGGAGAAGUCAAAGGUGAGCUUCCUGAUGGUGGAUGGUGCAAGUACUGAGGACAAACCUCUAAAGAUCCCCAAGGAGGUGUGGAUUCUGGUCAACCACCUCUUCACCAAGUCCUGUGAUCAGGAGGAUCUGUUCCAGACACCAGGUCUACAGGAGGAGCUGCAGAGCAUCAUCGACUGUCUGGACACCAGCAUCCCAGACACCAUCCCUGGUUGUAACCACUCUGUAGCUGAGGCUCUGUUGAUCUUCUUGGAGGCCUUGCCGGAGCCAGUAGUGUGUUACGAGCUCUACCAAAGGUGCCUAGACUGCGCUCAUGACAGCCGCCUCUGCAAACAGUUGAUCUCCCAGUUGCCCCGGGCUCACCGCAACGUGUUCCGUUACUUAAUGGCCUUUCUGAAGGAACUUCUCAAGCACUCGCACAACAACAACCUAACAGCCAGCCUCAUAGCUACCCUCUUUGCCAGCCUCCUUAUCCGACCGCCUCCCAACCUGGUGGGCAGGCAGACAUCACACGAGCGGCAGAAAGCCAUCGACUUUGUUCUGGGGUUCCUCAUGGCUGGAGACGAGGAGUAAACGAGGUCAGGGGUCCCCUCACAGCAUCAGUCGGGUUUGGAGUUGAUUGCCAACCCGACUCACUUUUGGCACAAGACCUGGACCAGUAGGACACUGUGUAACAUGAUCCACUUGGUAUUUUUUUUCAUCUGUUCGAGACCAGUGCAGCUGUUCUGCACCCUACCUUUUACAAACUCUCAUGUUGGAGGUACCCCAGACUUCCAUUAAAACUGUGAUGAUUUUACUGAGUGACAUAUCCAUUCAAAGUAUGACCACUCACUGGAUGUGGGAGAAUUUGGCAGAGGUUUGGACUGAUGCCUAUGCACUUUCUGAUGACCUAAAGGACCAUGCCUCCUAGACUAGUUGUUCUUGUCCUCAGCUGAACUUUCUUAUUGUAGGUGCUCAUGCCAAAAUAACACCUGAAUAGUGAGUGGUAUGAAUGUGAAAACACUAUGUAUCCAUAGAUGCUAAGAAAAAGACUCAAUUACACUAAAGAAAAAGGAAAUUCCUGAAGUUUUAAGAAGUAGACUGAAUACAAGUAUAUUGUUCAAAGCAUUAAAUAGUUUGAAAUGGGAUAAUUGUGGAAAUCUGUCACUAAGAAUGUUUAAGCUUAAGAUAAAUCAUGACAAUCAUUCAUUUUGCAGCAUUUUAGUUUAUGGGACAACAUUAAGAUAUCUGAGAGAAUUAUUUGUUAUCAUGUCCAUGGUAUUUGAACUGUUAUUUAUAUUUUUUUCUUCCAAGUUUGCACCAUCUGAACAGUUUUUUUCAAUUCUGCAUUGUUUUAAAAAUGUUUUCAUUGGAAAUAUUCAGCACUUGUUUUUAUCAUCCCGUUACAGAAAACUUUGUUGUUAGUGUGUGCUGUGUUUUUGUGUAACUUCAGCCGUGAGCCUUACAUCUCGUUUUGCCAGUUCCUCUUGAGUAACAAAACUAGGCUGUUAACAAUUAACUUCCUGGUCAACCAGAAUCGAGUCACCCUCUGGUUCUUGAUGUCUUAAAUGGUGUAAAUACUGCAGUGAUUGUUUCAUGGGUAUUUGGUAUGGUGGUGCAAAUCUGUGAUGGUGUCUACAGUCUGUCAUGUUUGUCAUGAGGGUGGUACUGAUAAUGUCUGUGUUGGUUUACAUGUCUUUUCCCCCCUUCCGCCACAUCUUACACAGCCACUGUGUUCCUCUUGGUAAAUCCAGAUGAGUAAUACUGGUUUUAAGUGAUGCAGCAUUUUCUGGUACAAGAUUUAAUGGCUCAUUACUCUGCAGGAUACAGCCUGUCUUUUGUGCACCUUUCUCAUUUGUGCCACAGAGGAUUUUUUUUUCUUCUUUCUGUAUUCCUUGUUACAAAACAUGUCAUGUCUUUGAAAUAGGGAACUUCUAUGCUGUGUAUAAUGAACAGUAUUUCCUCUUUAACGGUUUUUCCCAAGAGAUGUCAGCAUUAGCUCUCCCAGUUGACAAAAAUAUUCACAUUUAUGACAAUAAUUUACUUUGCUCAGUAUCUCCUCCAUUGUAGUGAUGCCAGAAAAAGCCCAGAGGUUUUCUUUUCAGAUGCUCCAGGAACUCAGCUUCAAAAUAUUUUAGCCAUGGAGACAAUGUGAGCACAUGACGUAAUGUGACAACGCUGACAAUCAUGGCACUUAAAAGGAUAACCCUGUUAGGCUGAAGUUGCUCUAUUCUUGGAAAGUUUCUUCUGCCUUAUUGCCGUCAGAACACUAGAUUCUUCUGUUGGCCUCAAUUAAAACAAGCUUUGCCAAAAGGUGAAUUGGGCCCGAAGGAAUAGUUUCUGGUGAUUCAGAUGUGGAAGAACCAUCGUACAAUUGCCCGCAAGUUACUCACUUUGUCUAUAGAAAUACUACCCUCAUCAUGUCAAACAGAAAAAUCAGCAUAAUCGAUAACCUCUGAUUUUAAGUGUUGUCUUAUGCCACUGUACCAACCAAUGUAUUUGUGUGGAUUCACUGUGCUUCUUGUGUUCAGUUUCUGUUCAGAAAAAUUAAGGUACACGUAAAGGUACGCAAGGAAACACUCGCACCUGUUUUCAAAUUUUCAGAUUUUUUUGGUACUUUUAAUUUAUUUAACAGAAAUAAAACUAAGUAUAAAGCUG